AUGCUAAAAAACGGAGUGAAGGAGAUGCACGAAGCCACUGCCCCUCCGACUGAGGCUCUCUCUCACUCUGUUCCGCCACUUGAGUCUUGGGCGGAAAGAGAAUUUGAGCUUUGCACUCGCAGGGAUGAGCGAGAGCUGGGUCCAUUGAGGGGAAGCAUUGUCCUUGCAUCCAUGCGAUUGUCCUUCUCUCGCUCCCCCUUCGCGAUGUCCGCUGCACUUGAGCGCGCUGGAGUGCAAAAGGGGAAAAAGGUACGCGCGAGCAAAACAACACAGCAAUUGGCACAACAGAUGACAAAGGUGGAUGAAUGGGUGAAUCUCGAGGAGAUUUCUGAUGGCAUUAGAGUUGUAAAUCGCCAAAGCACAAUGAAUUCCGAAGAAUUGUACAGUCUCCGGUGGAACAACCACCACAGCCACAUGGUGCACGCAUUCAAUGCCCUGCUGCAGACCAAGACCCUCGUGGACGUGACACUGGUGUGCGCCGAGACGAGCAUCCGGGCGCACAAGGUGGUCCUGUCGGCGUGCUCGCCCUUCUUCCAGCGCGUCUUCGCCGAUACACCAUGCAAGCAUCCCGUGAUCGUGCUCAAGGACUUCAAUGGCUGGAUCGUGCAGGCCAUCAUCGAUUUCAUGUACCGCGGUGAGAUUCGCGUGUCCAAGACUCACGUACAGACGCUCAUUCAGGCCGGAGAGUCGCUCCAAAUCCGCGGCUUGGCGGACUUCAGUGUGUCCGACAGCUUUCCAAUUCUCUUCGCCACGACGCCCGAGGAUCUGGAUAUGGCAACAGACACUUCCACAAUUCUCUCACCCGCCAGCCCGGAAUCCGUGUCCAGUCGCAACACGGGACAGUUGCACAAGCUGCUCAUCUCUCCGCACAGCUUCCUGGAUUCCGCGGACAACAUGCAGAACUCUGACGUGUACGCCACGAAUUUGCCCAGGAGGAAGCAAGCGCGUCCCCGGAGACGCUCAGGAGACGAUCCAGCACCGCAGGACCUGAGCCAGAAGAUGCUGGUGUUGGAUCCUCUGCAGUGUCGCUUGAAUGCCGAAAAGGCGGACGCUGAGAAGCCGUCAGAGAACCACCAAGCGAUCAAUAACUCCCGCAAUGACUCGCCAGAGCGACCGGAUGCACCUGAGAAUCUCUGCACGCGAUCCACCACGCCACCAUCGUCAAAUGAGGAUCGCAGUGGCGAAGAGGAGCAGAAGCGCGACAACAACAAUGGAAUCCUCUUCAACCUGAAGGAUCUCAAUUCGUGGAGUCAGUCACCGUUCGCCAAGUGCUGCCAGAUGCUGCCCAAUCAUCUGCCCGGCCACGGCAUGAUGAUGCAGACACCAGAAUCACCCCCAGGACCGCCAGACUCCGUGGAGCCCGAAGAGAGUGCCAAUGAGAAGAUGGACGAGGGCCCACCGGACGGGGACGGGAUGCCAGCGUCGCCCAGGAACCCAUCCACUGGCACACCAUCGGCUGUGAAAUUCGAGGAGCAGAAUGGAUCGAUCCUCCCGUCUGCAGCACUGCCCUUCCCGCGAAUCUCUUCGGUGUCGCAGCUCUCCUUCAGUCCGCCCCACAUUUUCGGCAUGGAAGCGCCGCCGCUGGGCCUCUUCCAGCACGCCGCCGAGUCAUCGAGGCUGUACGGCUCACCAAUGCCAGUGGAUCAGCGUAAUCUGCACAGCAAUCCGCCGAAAUUCCUCAAGAAGAAAUUGGCUCGACCCAAAGGUCAACACUCGGCGCCUCGAGGCGGCCCGCCGAGGUCGUGGACCAACGCUGAACUCACGGAGGCGCUGCAGCACGUGUGGAACAAGAAGAUGACCACGAGUCAGGCGUCCCGCAUAUUCGGCAUUCCCUACAAUUCGCUCCUCAUGUACGUGCGCGGUAAGUACGGCAAGAGCCUGAAGUUGGAGAAGCUGCGGAAGGACUGCAUCAGUGGGCCACCCAUUGAGCUGCUCACGAUGGGCAUCUGCGGGAACAACAACAACAGCUCCAAGAAGGCCAACCAGAACGCCAACAAUCAGUCAGAGCAGGCUAACGGCACCAAAGACUGCGGCGGCUCAUCGAAUGGCGGCACACUGCUGAAGAUUCCCCCGCCGCCGGGCAGCGGCAGUGGCUCACCGCUGCCGCCGGAUCCCGAAUUGGCAGCAGCGGCCGCCGCGGCUGCCGCAGUCUCCCACCCAAAUCUCAUGUUCGGCUCCUUCUCGCCGGCCUUCUAUCCCGACUUCUCCAGCGCAUUUCCCGGACUUCCGCUCUCCAUGCUGAAUUUACUGCCUCCACCGCCGCCACCGCCCUCGGACGACGCCAAAACGCCGCCGCCAGCCACGCAGUUCAAUCACCAGCACGAGCCCAAAGAGCUGCUCGAGCGCCAUUGACAGGAGCAGCACCACAAGAUCAUGGCUCUGUCCGAGAAUGCCCUCAAGAUGAUGUAACUAGCGCUAAAUCCCCUCCUGAGCUGAAUCACACCUGAAUUUUAG